AUGUCACAGUUAGAAUCACAACCUAAGAAGAUUGCCGUCGUUACGGGUGCCUCAGGUGGUAUCGGAUACGAGGUAACAAAGGAACUAGCCAGGAAUGGAUAUAUGGUCUAUGCUUGUGCAAGAAGAUUAGAGCCAAUGGAGCAAUUGUCCUUGCAAUUUGGAAGCGAUAUCGUCAAACCUUACAAGCUAGAUAUCUCUCAGCCGGAAGAGAUUGUAACCUUUGCUGGGUUUCUAAGAAAUACAUUACCUGAGGGUAAACUGGAUUUGCUGUACAACAAUGCCGGUCAGAGUUGUACUUUUGCCGCAGUGGAUGCCACUGAUGCUGUAGUUGAACAAUGUUUCAAAGUUAAUGUGUUUGGCCAUAUUAAUAUGUGUCGUGAACUGACGAAGUUCCUUGUUAACGGUAAAGGAACUAUCGUUUUCACUGGUUCUCUUGCUGGGGUGCUAACAUUCCCCUUCGGCAGUAUCUAUUCCGCUUCCAAAGCUGCAAUCCACCAAUAUGCCCGUGGGUUACAUCUAGAACUGAAGCCGUUUGGUGUAAGAGUCAUCAACGCCAUUACUGGCGGUGUGGCCACCGACAUUCAUGACAAAAGACCCUUACCUGAAACUUCCAUAUACAAUUUUCCCGAAGGUAGGGCAGCCUUUGAUUCAAGAAAAACCAUGGCCAGAGACAACAAGCCCAUGUCGGCUGAAGCUUACGCCAAGCAGCUAGUCGGGGACAUUUUGAGUCGCAAGGACCCAGUGGAUGUUUACAGGGGUGCGUGGGCCAACCUCAUGCGUUUAGUAGUGCUAUUUGUUCCCUACUGGGUAUUGGAAAGGGGACUCUCUAAGAAGUUCAAACUAGACAAAGUCAACGAUGCUCUGAAGUUAAAACAAAGGAAAAGUAAGGACGAUUAG